ACUCCUGCUCGGAAAGGGCGGCGCAGAGGCCGCAAGCACGUCAAUGGUGUGAAGUAUGCAAAAAAGGAAACUAAAGCGGACCUAGCAAAAAUCGAUUGAAAAAAUUCCGGCGAAUCAGGAUUGCAUUGCGUGUGGAUCCGAAAGGCGGCGAGGACUGGGCUGGCAAUCCCAUCUGGUGCGAGGCUGGUGUACAUGACGGCUUUCCAACAAUCCUUUACCUUAAAGGAUGGCUCAAUGCAACUUUACUGCCCAUUGAUAGCAUACACCCAUCUCGAGCUGCUUUGCGAUGGAGUCUAUAGGGCUGAUCUAUAUUACAAAUACAAGGACGUGGUAACUUUCGUAAAUGUGCCUUAUAAGAUCUGCUACUACAACCAGGAUUGGCAUUAUUUACUCUUUGUGAGCUUCAACGACUCUCCAAUCACGAUCCAGCUGGCCGAUGAACUCGAUACCUUUUUCUGCCACAAGAACCUAAUGAGCUACGUGAAUGACUUAUUAUACGAGUGCACCAAUCCAAGAGCUCUGCGCUUCUUCAAUUUGGAGUGGAAGGGAAAGGCUACAAUUGAUUAUGGUGCAAAUUGGAAGGCAAAAAACGGGUCUGCUACGGGAAUCUCUGGAUUUGAAACCUUUCUGUCCUGCCUGGUAUGCGUCUUGCUUCAAAGAUUAGAAGUGCUGUCAACCAAUAAUUUCGAAAUUUAAGUAAACUAUCAGUUGAAGCAAAAUGCGGUUGUGCUCCAUGUUCGUACUCCUCUACAUAGUUCCUAAGCUGGAGAAUGCCAAGAACGGAUGCGACUCUACAGAAGUGUUGGGAAUGAAAGGAUCCUCAGCUCCACUAACCACGCAAUCAUCUAUCUUCCAAGGGCGCCAGAUUAAAGAGCUGUUUCGCACACUGUUCAAAAUUUGUCCCAAGUGAAUUUGUUCCCAUAUCUCACUAUAAAAUUUAGGAAAUACAAUAAAUAUUCCAUUUGCGAUACGGAGUCCUUUAAAACUAUAAAGUUAAUGACUCCGUUUAAAGUCCUUUCCCAUGCAGCUACCCGCAAGUGUUGAGCUUUGUGGGAGCACCACAGGCCAAUUUGGCGGCAGUCCAUAUAAGCACAUAAAUUAUGCCAACGCCAAUGACAAUGACGACAAUGAAAUGUGAUGCUCCCCAUUCUCCUCACUCCACCGAAUCUCCGGCUGUGUGCGUAAAAUGGCAGUUAGCUGAGCCUGUGUGGUGCUGCUGUCCAUGCCUGCAUCUGGCUGCCAUUGUUUG